GUUGUUCGGCCGAGCCGAGCCUCAACGUCGAGGCAUCGUUGCUUGAAAAUUCGCUUAUUAUACACUUACAUUACAGUUCCCACAAUAUAUUGCGGUUUCCCCACCGUACGAAACGUGAAAAGAAAAAGAAAAAAAAAAAUAUAUAUAUAUAUAUAUAUCAACAACUGUAAUAAUUAUAGUAAUAAUCAACGUUUAAUAUCAAUUAAACAACAACGUCGUCGAAUAGUAAUAAUAAUCAUAAUAAUAAUAAUCACAAUAAUGAUAAUAACAAUAAUAAUAAUAACAAUAAUCGACCACAAUAAAUAAGUAAACGGAUAUUUCAUGCACGUAUCGUGUUAUCGAUUGAUUGGAAAAUAAUUGAGACAAACAAUUUUUGUAUUUAAUUUAAUUUUUUUUUUUUUUCCAACACAUAUUCUUUUUCUUUCUGAUCCACGACGAUUUCUCGUUUCAUUGGUAUCCAAAGAAUCGUACUAUUAUUGUUAUUACUUAUUUGAUAAAUGAAUUUCAAAAUUAUUUCGAAUAGAUUCGAAACAUACGAUAUGAGAAAAAAAGCAAUCGAAAUCGUGUAACAUCGAGAGAGAUUAUCGAAAAACAAAAAUUUUGUUUACCUCCUAUACGGAUGCAUGAUCGUUGAAUUCAUUACACAUGGUUUUUUCAUCACUGUAAAGUGAAUUAACGUUUCGAAAACGGAAAAAUAAAACGAGGACUGAAUAAAACCAAAAAAAAAAAAAAAGAGGGACGCAAGAGCAGGGGGUGGCAAAAUAUCGUUAAAAAAGAUAAAAAAAAAAAACAAAAAAAACAAAAAAGAAAAGAAAAAACCAACUUUUUCAAAAAAUGAAAGAAUAAAUGAAAAAUCUAGGGUAAACUCCAUGCACAUGCGGGGAUCGUUUGUGUCUGUUCUACGGGGGUGAAUAAUAUAAUAAAAUACGCCCUCUACGGGUUGGGAAGGUGGUACGCGCAACGGGGCCGGUCCAGGAGCAGCUACCACCCACCUGCUGUACCGCCUCCCCUCCUCGCUCGUUUCUCCUUUAUUUUAUUUUUUUUUUUUUUCCUCCGUACGUUUCGCCCUCUUUCUCCCCACUUUUUAACCUCCCCUUCUCCUCCUCCGAUAAAUCCCCCUCGGUGUAAAUUCCCCUCUCGCCCUCUCUCCCACGAGGUACGUCUUAGUCGGCCCUAAAUCGUCUCUCGUGUGACAACCACUGGACCGCUAUAACAACGACCUGGUGUGUCCAGCCAUGAACUGUAAACGUAGUGAGAGUGUUGAGAGUACACGAUUUAUUGUAAUUGUACGGAUUCGAAAGCGAUUGUUAUCAUUAUAAGCGAUAAGAGAACGUCAUUCGGUAUCGUUAUCAUCGUCAUCGGCAGCGUCGUCGUCGUCAUUAUCAUUAGAUCUCGAUAUCGACGAUAAAAACGUUGAGAGAAACAAUAUAAAUAUAACGAAAUGAUCGUUUAACAUUACACACGUGAAUAACAUGUACGUACGCGUGUAAAACAAAGAGAAUAGGAAUAAACUGACGACGAUUUUUUUAUCCAUUAAUAUUUAAGUAUACAUACACGGGGUGUGUGUACAUAUAUAUAUAUAUAUAUACAUAUAUAUACGUAAUAGGCAUGAUGUAUUCCGUGUGAUGUGUAUAAAUAAUUGUGCAUGCGUUACAUAAAGAAUUUAAUAUGAACAUAAAACUUCUGCCGCUGUUGCUACUGAUGAUGAUGGUCGUCAUUAGAAUAAACUGAUUGCGGAUUUCACAUGAGAUUCAUUCGUAUUAUCAACAUCUCACUGACGCGUAUAUGUACGUAGAAUUUAUCGAUGUGAUUCGAAUCGUUUUAUUACACAUCCUUCGUCCACUCACGUGAAUCAAGUGCAGCGUAUACCAGGUGUGAUAAAAUUUUAUCGUCUAUUUUUUCAUCCCCCACGCACACCGAUCCCGGAGGAUCGUAUCGAAGUUCGCCGAUACCUUAGCCGUGACGAUUUGAAGAAAUCCCCCAAUCUUCGUAGCCGUUUAAAUCCUAUAAAUAACAAUAAUAACGGUGUAACGUUAUACACGAGUGGGAUCGGGACACGUUGAUAUAACAAUAAAAACGAUUGAGAAAAUAAAUUGUGUUUGUUCGAAGAUUAUCUAUAUUAUAAUUAUAUACGUUACGAAGUGCAACGACAGGUGAAGGAAUUCCAGAGAGAAAAAGAGAGAGAGCGAAAUAAAAAAAAUACAAAAAAAUAAAAAAAAUAAAAAACGAAAUAAAUGAAGAAAAAGAGGAUUAAAACCAAUAAUUGAGCAUAGAUACGAAAAUCUCGCACGUAUGUAUCGUACGUAUGUGCGAGUAAAUAUUAUUUUCGAUAAAAUAGUACUCGCGUAUUAUUUAAAUAAUAUGCCGAUUAUGGUGUGCGGCCGGAGACGGAUCGUCGUUAAUAUAUUCGUUGUCAUCGUCGUCAUUAACAUCGCAUCAUCGUAGACGUUAAUUUAUUCCUUCGACUGCUGCUGGUGCUGCUGCUGCAGUGUACCUUAUUUAUACACGUAUAGUAUUAUAGUAGUGGAUUUAUAUCGAGAAGAGAAGAACGAGAAGACGAGGCAUCGAAAUACCGAAGGAGAAAAUUAUAUGUGAAUAAAACACUCGCAUAUAUGGAAGAUAUAAUCGUACGAUACAUGAAGAAGAAAUUAUCGAUAUCAUUUACGAACGACGAAUGGAACAUCAGCGAAGACACUGGAUUAUUUCAUAUUAUGGGGAGUACCGACUCCCUGACAAUAAAUUUAAUAAAACUAAGCGAUAACGACAACAGUGAUUAUCGUCAUCCCCGACGAUAACGAGGGUGGGUGUCGAUCUGAGAACGAUAAUAAAUUUUCGCUUCUUAUUGUUUUGCAACCGAUUUCCUUCGAUUUCGUUCGUUUCUUCUUUCAACUGAAACACACUGCGGAUAACGCGCAAUGACGAGGUUGAUCGUACCCGCGGUAUAAAUGGGAAUAAUUUUUGUGGCAAAGUAAACUUGUGUUAAAUUCCCUGAACGGUCGAAGAAGAGAGAGAAGAUAAGAAGAAAAAAGAGAGAAGAAAAAAAUUAAUUAAAUCUAAUGAAGUGGAUACGGGAGAAAAUAAAGAAAAUAAUCGAUCGUCGCCCGCGGAACGAUAUUGUGCAUGUAACGUCGAUCGUCGACGACGAGGUAACUCGACCGAAGUCGUUGAAAAAAGUUUGUAAUGAAAGAAUUUCAAAAAAUUCUGCGACGAUAAUCGAAACGAGAAUAGAAAAAAUGAAAAACUUCAAUCAAUGAGUAUUCCCUGUUGAAACGAGAGGUAGAAAAAAAAGGAAACGGGGUAGUGCAAAAAAGUGCUCUAACAGAAAAAAAAGAAAGAAAGAAAGGAAAACCAUAAAAAUCUAAAGUAUGAAAUAAUAAAUAAAUUUAAAAAUUUAAAAAAGAGCGACGAACAAAUUAUAAUACAAGAUCACUCUAUACGAUUACAAUUGUGCGGGUGAAUUGAUAAGGGAAUAGAGCGAAAAACUUGUUUUUUAUUAUUUAAUAAAAUUUCACCCUAUACACGUAACUAAAUAAAAUAUCAUGAGAAGUGCGCGGGUAAUUUGUACAGUGCGGAUAUAAUAUAUCUAUCUAUAUAUAUAUAUAAUAUAAUAUACAAGUGGAGAUAAAGAGGAUAAAUAAAUAAUUGAAUUAGAUUAAAGUAAUUCUGAAAAGGUAUAAAUAGAUAAAAGAGGAGCGGAGAUUUGGAAAAUACCAAUAGGUAUUAUGUCGGCGAGGCGGAAGCAGGCCCGACCCAGCCGAGCCCAACUCGAAGAAGAACUUCUCGUCAGGGGUCCUCCUCAAAACGCCGAGGCGAGGCCCCUCGUUAACAAUAGAGAACAAAUUCAAGAGGGGAUCAACGAUUCCGGAUCCGAUGGAGAGGAAAGCGGCGGGGGCGGUGUGGGUGGGGGUGGGAUCGGUGAUGAGGCUGUGGACCUCACAUCGGCACGCUCUCACCACGGGGAUGAUGAGGAUAGAGACGAGAGGGUUCAGGGUGAGGACCUUCCGAUGGAGGAGGACUACGACGACGGAGUCGAAGCCGAUAACAUUGACGAAAAUGACGAGGACGAGGAGGAAGAGGGUACGCGCAAACAGAUUCGACAUCGGCAGGACGCUGAGAACAAUAACAGCUUCGUCGAUGGGGGCGGACCGCCGUCGACGGGGGUGUUUCCCCCCGCUGGUGCGAGUCACGUUACCCUCGAAGCGCUCCAGAACACGAAAGUUGCCGUGGCGCAAUUCGCGGCAACGGCCCUCGCGGGCGGAGCCGACAGCGAAGCGGCUCUUCAGGACUUAGCGCUGCUACAAAGCACAUUGUACACCCUUCAACAUCAGCAGGUGUUCCAACUCCAACUGAUAAGCCAAUUGCAACAGCAGCUCUCGAUAACCCACAACCAAACGCCGAGCAACCCGAACGGUACCGCGGUCGUCGCCGCCGCCGCGUCCGCCGCGACGCAGUGCGGAAACGACGCCGCGAACGUUGUUCAAACGGAAAUGAGCAAGGAGGGAUCGACGUCGCCGAGCGUUCAUCCGAAACCCCUUUCCGCCCUGACGUCACCACCUCCUUCCAGACCCCCGAGUCAUCACCGGCAGACCACGUCACCCUGCCCGUCAACGCCCGUCAGCAUCUCCCAGGACAACAUCUCGGUGCCGCCGACGAGCAAUUCGCCGAUCGGUCUGCCGAUACCCGCGUCUGCGCCGGGUAUGAACGUCGGCGGUAACACGAUCCACGGCGUAAACGUCACCGGGAACGGAUCGCAGAGUCAAACGAACGCCGCGAGCCAGCACGUCAACGGCAGCAACAACAGCCACAUGUCGUUAUCGCAUCAAAUGCCGUCGCUUUGCUCUAUCAGUUCCUCGCUCGCCUCAACCAUCAUCACCAACACCGACCCCCCGCCGCUUCACGAACCGAACACCCUCGAAAUGCUACAGAAAAGAGCGCAGGAAGUACUGGACAACGCGAGCCAGGGCCUUCUGGCCAACAACCUCGCCGACGAGCUCGCGUUCAGGAGCGGAAAGGGAUCGAGACUAUCUCCUUACGAUUCUAAAUCGGGGGGCGGUAGGGGCGAGCCGUUCUUCAAGCACCGAUGUCGAUACUGCGGCAAGGUCUUUGGCAGCGACUCGGCACUCCAGAUACACAUCCGAUCACACACAGGUGAGCGACCCUUUAAAUGCAACGUCUGCGGAAGCCGAUUCACCACCAAAGGAAACCUCAAGGUUCACUUCCAGAGGCACACGGCCAAGUUUCCCCACGUUAAAAUGAACCCGAACCCAAUACCCGAGCACCUCGACAAGUACCAUCCGCCCUUGCUCCAACAAUUGGCCGCCACCGGUCAGCGACCGUUGAACUCCCCUCCGCCGCCCGCGGGACCCCAUCACCCCCCAUUUCAUCCAGCUGCCGCGCACGGAUUCCUUCCGCCCCAACCGCCCCUACCUCUGACCCUCGCCCUACCCGGUAUGCCGCCCCUUUACCGAACCCCGGUCCCGGUCAACCACUGCAGGGACGAGCAGGACGUACCGGAGAAUCUGAGCAAGCCCCUCGGCGCUGCGAUAUCAACCCCGUCCCCAAGGUCACCCGUAACUCACUCGAACUCGCAUCAUUCCUUUCACGAUCAACCGACACCGCCGCACGCGGCGCCCUCGCUCCAGAAACAACAUCAACAGCGUCAGGGUAGUCCGACGAUCCACGAGCAAACGCUGAGACUCAACGAUACGGCGAGGUCACCGACGACGCGGGAUCGAUCGCCCUCUGAAUCCUACCGGCCGGCGAGGCCGUCCAGUAGAGAUGAGACCGGCUCGGGCGAUCGCGUAACUCCCAAAAGGGAACCGGAAGAGGCCGAGGAGACCGCCGAGGAGGAGAUCGACGAUUACGAAGAGACGAGACGUUACCUGUGCGCCUCGCCGCAGUCAUCCGCCAAUCCGACGAACCUCCGCAAUCAGGCUUACGAGGACUGUAGCAUGGACAGUAAGAUGAGCGGUAGAUUGGAGGGUGACGGCGACAUGGAGGGCGACGAGGAGAUGGAGGAACAACCGGAGAAUUUGUCGAGCAGAGGGGCGAGCGGACGUCAUCCCCAGCAGUCGAUGGGAUACCCGGGCGCUUCGCCGGCCAGCAGUAGCGCCAGUAGCGGAAGUCUCCAGACGUCGUUCGCCGGGAUUUUAUUCCCCACCGGACCCCCGUCCCACCACCAAUUAACCCAUCAUCAGUCAUCGGUGCAGGGUCCUCCGACUCCGACCGGACCGUCAGGUGAGAUGAUGGUGGACCCCGCGAGGGACCCGGCGAUAUAUUCGAGCCUAUUGCCUAGGCCGGGAAGUAACGACAACUCGUGGGAGAGUCUGAUAGAAAUAACGAAGACCUCCGAGACGUCGAAACUUCAGCAAUUGGUCGAUAAUAUCGAGCACAAACUGACGGAUCCCAAUCAAUGCGUUAUCUGUCACAGGGUUUUAUCGUGUAAGAGCGCCCUUCAAAUGCAUUACAGAACGCACACGGGCGAACGACCGUUCAAGUGUAAGAUAUGCGGUAGGGCGUUCACGACUAAAGGUAAUUUAAAGACGCACAUGGGCGUACAUAGGGCGAAACCGCCGUUAAGGGUGCUUCACCAGUGUCCGGUUUGUCAUAAGAAAUUUACGAACGCUCUCGUACUUCAGCAGCACAUCAGACUUCACACCGGUGAACCGACCGAUCUUAGUCCCGAGCAGAUUCAAGCGGCUGAAGUUAACGAAUUUCCACCAGGUUACCCUCACCACCCGUUGGCCUCGUUCCUACCCCAGGGUUUUCCCUCCCUCCAUCCCGCGGCGGGGGCAGGUUUCGCUUUGGGCUUUCCAACGGCGAGGCAACAGCACGUCGCGGACCGUACCGACAAUCACCUGGACGGCAAAGAGUUGAGACACCACCUCCACCACCACCAUCACCACCAUCAUCUCCAACAACAACAACAACAACAGCAACAGCAACAGCAACAAGACAGAUACCUCGACGAUCAGGGGGACGACAUGGAUGAUCAGGACGACGACGACGACAUAAGGGACGAUGAUGAUCGUUGCGACGACGUUCGAGAGAGACAGAGUGCCGACGGCGAGGACAUUGACGACAUUCAGGAGGAGAUCGAUCGUAGGUCGUUGAGACAUUCUUCGAUACCGUUGUUCUCCACCUCGUUGGCGGCCCUCGAGAACCAAGUCAGAACCAUAACGACGACGUGCGCUAGUACGACGACCCCUCUGACCAUUCCGCGAAUAAAUGUCGCCGCCUCGCCGCCGAUAACGCCUCACCAUUACAACGGAAACGACAAAACGAUCAGUCCGCCGUGCGGUAUGAGCGGACCAGCUACCGGAAGUAAUGUCAUCGGUGGCGGCGUCGGUGCACCUCUGGAUUUAACGCCGAGGGCGUCAUCGACACCGGCUGACACAUCGACCUCGACACCCUCGGCCACACCUCCGCCUUCGUCGCAACAACAGAUCGGUCCGAUUUCUCAUCAUCCCCCACCGCCCCCUCAUCCCUUCGGGAUGUUCGCCGGAAUUUUACAGGCAGUCUCAUCCCCGCCGUCGACCAGUAGUUCGAUGGGUAGUGUCGCAGGUGUGAACAGUAUACCGUCGACGAUAAGUAACAACGCUCCCGGUAACGGAAACGGCGGUAGCAGCGGUUCCGGUAGCAGCGGUCCGUUGGCUUCUUUAACAACAUCCGCAGUCCUAGCUGCAACAUCCACCUACAACCCGCUCGGCCUAGCUGUCGGAGGGCCAGCAGUACGUGGAAAUACAACCUGCAAUAUCUGCUACAAGACAUUCGCCUGUAAUUCGGCUCUGGAAAUCCACUAUAGAAGCCAUACCAAGGAAAGACCAUUCAAAUGCACAGUCUGCGAUCGAGGAUUUUCGACAAAGAACAACGGUUCGUGGGAAGAAGUCUGCUCCUGCAGCAGCGCGAAUCAAAGGAACCCUUUUCUGACCAACAUCACAACCACGAAUAUGACCAAUACCACUACUACUACCACGACAACCACGUCAACCACAAAUACAAACCUUCUCACAAACCCCCAAUACAACCAUCACCAUCACCUUCAACCACCAAGACCACGGUCACCUAUCGGCAAUCAAGAGAGGUCCAAACGUAGGCGGCGGAGGCCUGAGGAACGGAAGAACCGGGGGCGGUCUGGGUCCGGAGGGGGGCGGCAUCUGACAUUUGCUCCCGUUCGCCUGCCCCCGCUACUGCCCCCCGCCCUCGGGCUUCUCACCUCGGACCACGUCUUCCUGGGUAACAUGAAGCAGCACAUGUUGACACAUAAGAUACGUGACAUGCCACCGCAUCUGUUCAGCGACGGUAAGCAACCGGGUCAACAGCAACAGCAACAGCAACAACAACAACAACAACAACAAUUACAGCAAGAACUGGAGACGUCGAGGAGUCCGAUGUGCUCCGAUGAUUCCAGUCUACCUCCACCGCCAGCACCACCUCCACCUCCACCCCCGCCGAUGCCACCCCUCGCUAUGGAAUCUGCUGUUCCGGUGAAAAGGUCACCACCCGAGGGAGACCUUCCGGCACCGAAAAGGCCACCUAGCAUGCCCAGCAAGCAUUUGUGCCAAGUUUGCAAUAAGAACUUCUCAUCGUCAUCGGCACUUCAGAUACACAUGAGAACACAUACGGGAGAUAAACCGUUCAGAUGUACAGUUUGUCAAAAAGCAUUUACAACAAAAGGAAACCUCAAGGUUCACAUGGGGACUCAUAUGUGGACGAAUGGAGCGUCACGCCGAGGUCGUCGAAUGUCUCUGGACCUUCCACCGCUACCGAUAACUCCAAAGGAUUCAGAAUUUCUUCAGAGAAGACCAGAUCUCUUUUAUCCCUACCUACCCGCACCGUUCCUUAACGGUGUUCAGCAAAAGUUGAACGAGAUAUCCGUUAUACAAAGUAGCAACGGUCUUCCCCCUCAUCCCGGAGGAGCGAAUAAAUAUGCCGGUCUUUUCGGUUCGGUUUACGGGGCGGGUUUCCCGUUGGAAAAGCAACCGAUGGCACCGAGCAACGGUCCUCUGGGUGACGGAAAGUCAUCUCUGCCGACGGGCUCGAUGCUUUUCCGUACCCCUUCGCCAUCGCACUCCCCAGGCACACCGUCUUCGAAUACCGGAAAUCAAAAUUCCGCAAGCGUUCCCGCAUGGGGUACAGGAGGUAUCGGUGGAGGUAACGGAUCGGGAGAUACCCUUCAACGCCAUUUCGAAAGAGAUGCACCCUCGAGAUCGGACGACGAUUCGACACCCUCCGCUGCGAGAUUACCACCCCCACCGCCCCCGAGGGGUGAAGGAUUGGCAGCGUGAGAUUAGAAAGUGUUUUAUUUUCGUUGAACCGUGGAACUUCCUAUAGGUGGCAAGAAAGACGGCUGACCGAGUGAUUCUUUAAGAAAGAUAUUUUUCGAGUUGGAUUUUGAAGAAGGUAUUCAAAAUGCGCGAAGAACAAGAAAACAUUCAUAAAUCGAAAGCGGAUACUAAGACAAAAAAGUUACUCAAUAUAAUUGGAUACAAAGAUAACUAGGUAACUACUGAUAUCUAUAAAAAUUAUGUAAGCACCUUUAAUUUUAGGCAAAAAAAAUGAAAAAAAAAAUGAAAAAAUGAAAAAAUGAAAAUGACAAAAAAAUAAGGAGUUUAUAUGUAAUAAUGUGAAUUGUUGAGACGAAGCGAAGACACCAUGUUCCUAUUAUCAGACUAGUCUUAUAAAAAACUAAAAACUAAAACAAAAAAAAGAAAAUUUUUAAACUUAAAAAACAAAAAUGAAAAGAAAUUGAAAAUGACGAACAAAAAAAAAAAAAAACCUAAUUAAAUUA